AUGUUCAACCAGAUCAUUUAUGGCCUGGCAGCCGUAUCCCUAUGGCAGGGCCAGGUUGCCGCAUCGCCUAGUCAAGGAUCUAGCCUUGAUCGCUUCAUUACCAAAGAAGCUGAUGUAGCCAUUAAAGGUGUCCUAGCCAAUAUUGGCGCUGAUGGCAAACGUGCAAAGGGCGCUGCACCUGGUGCUGUUGUAGCCAGCCCAUCGAGGACAGACCCAGACUACUGGUACACUUGGACCCGUGACUCAGCUUUGACAUACAAAGUCCUUGUCGAACGGUUAAUCCAGGGAGACAAGUCCCUUCAGCGCAAGAUUGAUGAGUACGUCUCUGCGCAGGCCAAACUACAGGGAACCUCCAACCCAUCUGGUAGCCCUGAGUCUGGUGGUCUAGGCGAACCAAAAUUCCACGUCAACCUCACCGCCUUCACUGGAUCCUGGGGUCGUCCGCAGCGCGAUGGCCCUCCUCUGAGAGCCACGGCCUUGAGUCUGUAUGCCAAUUGGCUUAUCUCUCAUGGAGAGCGCUCCAAAGCAGUCAACAAAGUAUGGCCCGUUAUUGAGAAGGACCUUGCCUACACUGUCAAGUUCUGGAACCGUACUGGCUAUGAUCUGUGGGAGGAGGUCAACGGCUCGUCCUUCUUCACUCUCUCAGCCACGCAUCGUGCUCUCGUCGAGGGAGCGGCACUUGCAAAGAAGCUCGGAAAGUCCUGCCCCAACUGUUCCGCCAGCGCUCCCCGCGUCCUGUGCUUCCUUCAAAGCUUCUGGGUGGGCGGCUACAUCGACUCCAACAUCAACGUCAAAGAUGGCCGCAAGGGCCUCGAUGCGAACUCUAUCCUCUCAUCCAUCCACACAUUUGAUCCUUCUUCAAAGUGCACAGAUUCCACAUUCCAACCAUGCUCGGCGAGGGCUCUUGCAAAUCAUAAGGCAGUCGUCGACUCUUUCAGAUCUAUCUAUGGCGUGAACAAGAACAGAGGACAAGGAAAAGCAGCUGCCGUUGGUAGAUACAGUGAGGAUGUGUACUAUGACGGAAACCCGUGGUACCUGGCCACUCUUGCUGCAGCAGAGCAGCUCUACGCUGCCAUCUAUCAGUGGAACAAGGCUGGUUCCAUCGUAGUUAACGACGUGUCACUGCCAUUCUUCCGGGAUCUCGUCCCCAAGACUUCCAAGGGUACAUAUGGCAAGAGCAGCAAGACCUUCAAGGCUUUGAUCAAGGCAGUCCAGACUUACGCCGACGGCUUUGUCUCUGUUGUUCAGACUUACACCCCCAAAGACGGUUCUCUGGCUGAGCAGUUUGACAAGUCAACUGGAACCCCCAAGUCAGCUGUUCAUCUCACCUGGUCAUACGCCUCGUUUGUCAGCGCCACUGAGCGUCGCGACGGCAUCGUAUCCCCAUCUUGGGGAGAGAGCAGUGCCAACAAAGUGCCCGGCGUGUGCGAGGCAGCCCCAGCCUGUGAUAAUAUUAUUAACUUUAGUGUGAAGAAUGUGGAGGUGACGUCUGACCAGAAGGUUUAUGUUGUUGGCUCUGUGACUGAGCUGUCCAACUGGUCUCCCGAGGAUGGAAUUGCACUGACAGAGUCCAAUGGCCUGUGGACGGCGAAGAUUAAGAUUCCAUCUGAUACGACGUUCGAAUACAAGUACAUUAAGAAGGCGACCAGUGGAACGGUCACUUGGGAGAGCGAUCCCAACAACCGGGCUGUUACUGGUAGCAAGUGUGGUAGUGCCACCACUCUUGAUGAUGAGUGGAGGUAG